AUGCUGAUUUACCUCUUUCGGCGCUUAAGAAGUGCAGCCGCCAAGACCCGCACAGACACGCAGGCACAAACUGCGCCAUCCCACAGUUUCAGUCUGCAGGACUUCAGCGCCAAACAUGCGCUUCUCGCCCUGUGCCUGCUCUCACUGGUGCUUACUCUAUUCCUGGCAGCGCUCGACAUCGUCAUUGUCGUCACACUAUAUGAGACCAUUGGCGAGAAAUUCAACGACUACAACGACGUUGGCUGGCUAGUCACCGGUUACUCACUUUCCAGCGCGCUUUUCACGCUACUGUGGGGACGGAUGGCGUCUUUACUGGGGCUCAAGACGUGCCUCAUGUUGUCGGUGCUGAUCUUCGAGAUUGGGUCACUGAUUGCUGCGGUGUCUAACUCCAUGGGCAUGCUUAUAGCCGGCCGUGUUGUGGCAGGUGCCGGUGGCAGCGGCAUUCAGUCGCUGGUCUACAUUGUAGGCACAUCGCUGGUCUCUGAACGUAGCCGCGGAAUGGUCAUCAUGGUACUUACCUUCGCGUUCGUAGGUUCAAAUGCAGGCGGACCUAUCCUUGGCGGCGCGUUAAACGAGCACGCCUCUUGGCGUUGGUGUUUCUUCAUAAACCUACCUAUUGGCGGCGCCGCCGCUUUCAUGCUUUUCCUUUGCUACAAUCCCUCCGGAAAGCCCCUGCUCUCCACGCUGACCUCUAAGCUUGAAGCCGCGCGCGACUACCGCUACAGUAAUGUGUGCACCCGCAAAUUUUGGGCGCAUGCACUGGACCUCGGGGUUUUCAGGUUUGACAUCAUCGGAUUCGCCCUCUCUUCUGCAGGCUUUGUGCUACUCCUGCUCGGCUUGACGUUCGGCGGCCGCAAGUACAGCUGGAGCUCAGGGACCACCAUCGCCUACCUUACCGUAGGGCCUGUGCUCAUCGUCGUGUUCUGCUUGUACGAUUUUCUGGUGCUACCGGUGUUGGCCAGGUCACUAGCCUACAGUAGCGAAGUCACUCCGCUGGUCCCAUGGCCUGUGAUAUCAAAACCCGGAGUUUUCGCGACUUCCUUUGCUAGCUUCUUCAACUUCUUUGCAUACAACAUGCAGAUUAUCUACUUGGUCCAGUUCUACCAGGUUGUCCAUAAUGAGUCCCCAACAAAUGCAAGCACGCAUAUGUGGGCUUUAUCGAUCCCCGCACUGGUUGUGAUUAUAGUGCUCGGGCGUAUCAACAAGAAAUUUGGAAUCCUUAAGCCUGUGGCGGUUAUCGGCGCUGCUUGCGGUACCAUUGGUGCGGGACUACUAACUCUUUUGAAAGGAUCAACUACGUCAGGACAAAGCAUUGGCUACUGCAUUCUUGCGGGUGCAGGUUUUUCUGCGGUGAUGCAAUCCACGCUACUGAGUGCCCAAAUUCAGGUAGACAAGACUGACCCAAAGUUUAAUCAGAAGUUCAUUGAAAUCACUACACUCAAUAAUUUCUUCAGGGUGCUUGGGAUAUCUUUUGGAGGUAUCAUGGGUACGUUGAUAUACUCGACUUCCCUGAAGAACGAGCUGGCCACCGCCGGCCCAAACAUUCCUUCUUUCGCUAGCACGGAUGAGCUGAUCGCUUAUAGGUCCAAGAACUUUGAUGGUGCAAGCUCUCCGUUGGAAAACAUCAUGUCCAAGUCAAUUCAAAGGGUCUUUUACGGGUCCCUUGGCUGCCAAGCGUUGGCGUUUCUGUUUACGAUAUGCAUGUCAAACAAGCGUCUGGAUUUGGAGCCCAAUCCCCCAGCUGUUGCAACUUUCGAGCCCGCCCUGAAUGCUGCCGUUUCAGAUCAAGAAAAAGGUUUCGGCAUCACCCAAGGGCCCACUAGUUCUGAGACGCAAAAUCUGAGAGUCUCAGAUUCAUCGCUUGCUUAUAACAUUACAGGGGAGAAAGCUGACGAAAAUGAAGAACAUUACGAUUCCAUGACGUCUCGUGACUCUCCUGUUUCGGCUAAAAAUUAG